AUGAGAUGCACUCGCUUUGGCAAAAAGUGUCCAGGGUAUCGGGAUGAGUCGCUUGUUUUUCGUGUGGAGAGCCAGGCGACCUUUGCCCAGUCUGGCACUCAAGAUCGUCGUAGAAGACGACCAGAAGCAGAUACCCCGGAUACACGCUCCCGCACAACUUCUCCGGGCUCCGAAACGGGUGCUUCCGUCGGCAAGGACUCGUCGACAACCCCGUCCAGUUCAAUAGCUGAAAAGGAAGGUGAACGUACCCACCUUGCAAUUUCCACCACACGGUCCAUCUAUGGCGACAGUUUUAUCUCUCCACCUUCAAAUGGUCUGGCUGAUGACUGGGACCCUCAUCUAUUGCCAUUCUUUAUGAAUAAAGUAUGCUCUCAGGUCGACGGCCAAGCCUCUAUUGCCCUUAUGAACUUCUUGCCGUCCAUGAUCACAAAAGAAGCGACUUGUACGGAAAACUCGGGCCUGAUCCAAUCAUGUCGAGCCAUCUCCUACGCUAUUAUAUUUAACGAGUUUGGUACUCCAGAGUUACGGUCACGCAGAUCGCUUGCGUAUGGGCAGGCUCUCAAGACCACAAAUGCCGCUCUUAACGACAAUCAAUUGCGAGUGAGGGACGAAACCUUGGUCUCUAUCUGGCUUUUGAGUGUAUAUGAGUUGAUUACUGGACAAGAAGCGAACGGUGAGCGCAAGGGGCCCAUGCUAUGGAAUACCCAUCUGCGUGGUCUUAUUACGCUCCUCAAACUCAGAGGCACUGCUCACCUCCGCGAGUCCGCCGGGCGCAGUGUCUUCUGGCUACUCUACAACAGCAUUGUAAGUCUGCGAAUUGUCGAGCAGAAAUUGGAACUAAGCAAAUAUCAGCAAAUUCGGUCGUUCAUCGUUGGCGUGGAGUGUCCAUCCGAGUCACUGGAGUGGUUCUUUGACUUGUCCAAAGAUCUCCGACCUGGUGAGCGUUAUGUCUACCAUGUUUCCAGAUUUGGGUAUGAUGCCUCCGUUCUGUGUGCAAAGAUACGUGAAGUCGCCGAGAACGAUCUUGUAAAGGCAUCAGCAUCGCUUGCAGAGCUUCUGGACUCAGCAGAACACUUGGAGAUUGUGACUGCUGAUCUGCUGAUACCACGAAUAACGAAUUUGGAGGUCCCUCAAUCCGGAACCUCCAAAACAAAAGUCAAGGACCUUGGAACUAUAACAUUCAGAACAUUCUAUUGUGCCUAUCGGAUGAAAUUGCACCUCGCCAUAUGUCUGCUUCUCACCAAAGUGCAGAUCCGUGAUCCCAGUUCCGACGUUGUUCAAAGACGAUACCAGAUCCAUGUCACCACCAUUCAGAGUCUCGCAGACGAAAUCCUAGCAGUUAAGCCAGUUCUAUUUCCUCCUGAUCUGCCGAGUCGGCCAUCCUUCAAGCGCUCGAGGAUGGAGCCUGUACAAACCAGAUACUGGACAGACGGUCUUCGGGUCCUAUGGCCUUUCCGACUAGUUGCUGGGACCGCAUUAACACGGCAUGACCAGAAGGUGGUGGCUCUUGAGGCUCUUGAGCUUCUCCAUAAUUCACUUGGCUUUCCACGUAUUCGCAAGCCUCUCCCGCCUUGA